ACUGCCUAUACUGGGCAUGGCUCCUUCCUGGAUGAGAGAAAUCCCCUUUUCUAUGACAACAACCUGUGUUGUAUGACUCGUCCGACUGUGAUAUAUAUCCCCCUACGCGCUUUUACCAUUUGGUCUUUUUUCCCCUUUUUCGAAAAUGCUGAAAUACUUCACGAAGGAGCACUACUCCUACUUAUCGAGCAGCAAGCGGAUGUCCUUCCGAGUCGAGAAGGACAUUAAGACGAGGACGACGUUCGUCAACAGGGAGGACCUGAAGCACGUGUUCGUGCUGGAUUCGCAGGACACAACGGCCGGACUGUGUCUUCUGAACAUCUCAUUAUUCCUCCUAGGAGGAUUAUCCAAUGAAAAAGGCAAAGGAGAUCUAGCGACGAAUCUACAAGGAGGUCUUUUCAUUAUAAGUUUGAUUAUCUUUUCGAUACAAAAAAUAAUGGAACGAUGUAUCUUGUCGGAUGUGACGUUCGCCCUCCUACUGUACAUCUCCUGUGUGUUGCCAUUCCUCCUUCUAGAACUGAAUGGCUGUUUUAACAACAUCAUCUUUCUCCCUAUAUGUCUCAUGUUCUACUUCACUAGAUACCAUCUCAGAACAUUAUUCUUUCUCGACUCCUUUCUCAUUCUAACCAUCCUAGUAAUAAACGUAUCAAUAAACUCCAGCACCAUCGAUAUUUAUAUCUUCCUCUUUUUGUUGACUACUCUCUUUUUUAGUAUGAUUUAUUACCGUUAUUUGUACUAUUUUUCUAGAGCCCUUUCUAACUCUGUAGCUAAUCCAAGAAACAUGAUUUUGAUGUUCCCAUACAUAAAUGAAUACCACCAAGUUUGCUUUGUGAAGCUAGCAGAUGUACUGCUUGACAUAAACAAUUACAUGUACAUAAAGUGGAAUAUCUUCUGUAGAAAUAUCCCAAAAUUUCAUAUAAAAAGUGAAAAGGAUUUACAGAGUGCACAUAUUGUGGCUAGCAGAUUAGCAAAUAAAUUUUUCACUCUCAGAAAUCAAAAAUUAUUUUCUACUUAUCCUCCAUAUUACUGUCUAAAAGUUUUUAUCAUAAAAAUUGUACUUUAUAAUUUCUGCUAUUGAAUGGUGAAGAACCAUUCCGUAAACAACAGUUCGACCCCUUUCACGAAAAGUCCCGAGAGAGGAAGGGGCCAUUCUGGGAAAAAUCCGCAUACUAAGAUAGACAGACUACAAAUAGAAACCCCAAUUGGAAAUCUGCUCAGCAUAAGCAAUAAUACUAACAGAACAAAAAGGGGUUACAAACAUGGAAACGAAAAUGAUAUACUUGAUGAAGCAUUCUUUGAGUCCAAAUAUGAAACACGCAAGGGGGACAAACCUGAGCAACCCAAAGCAAUCUCACCCAACCACAAUAUUAAUGCCUUUAAAAAAAACACGAAGAAGACUACAGGUAGAAGCACACACACCGAUGGGAACCAAAAUAAUGAGAACCCUAAAAAUGACAUGCAGGAGAAAAGGCUGAAAAAUAAGUUCGCGCAUCAGAACGAUCAUGGCUUUGAAUUCUUCUUCAACAAAAGAAAGAAAAAAAUGGGGCAUAAAAUAUCCGACCAUGGCAGCACGGAUGGGGGAAACCCCAAACAGGAUGGUAUAAACCCAAAGUUGCAUCACGAGGGGGGGGAUAACCCUAAUGGAGUCUCCCUUCCUGGAAACACAAACGAUGUCGAUUCACAAAUCAGGAUAAAUUUAAAUUCUUACGUGAAUGAUAAAAUGAAACCUACUCCGAAUGCGCAAAGCAAUUACAUGGAUAUGUACAUGUACAUGCGCAGGCAAGACAACGGAGAUAAAGAAGAAACAAACGAGAAAAUAAUUUUCGUAAAUUUCUCGUGUCUCUUCUAUAUAUUCAUCCACAAAAUUAAAUGGUUUUUAAAAUAUAUAGAACAAUUGAAUUCUGUUGUUCAGGGUGGCUACUUCCGACAGGGGAUCUCACCAAAGAGGGACCAUCUUUUGUCCUUCCUGGACGAGAAGGUCGAACGAUACUACAUAAUUUGGUCCAAUUCCUUUGACUUGGUUUACCACGUGGAGAAUUACAUCCCGCACAUUUUGCUUAUCCUCACUCUGCAUCUUUCCUCCGUUUUCGUACGAGUCGCGCCCCUGCAGCUCAGCGGCUCCUACUACUCCCUGUUCCGCAUGGCUAGCUUCUCGACCAUUUUCGCCGCCAGAUUUUUCCUGGCCCCCGUCGUUUUCGCCCUCAUCUUUUGGCCGAUAAUCAAAACCAGAUCAGUGAACCCCAAGAACAUUUUCAAAAUUAAAAUGCGCUUUUUCCUCCUGUCCCUUUUUAUCCUGGCGCUGUCUAUCUUGGACUACCUGUGGACGAUACUUCUCGUGCAGAAAAAUUUCUGGAGGCUGGAUGGCGCUGUCCUGGAGGAGCUUCAAAGGACGCACAGUAUGUUUUCCCUAGCGGAGCUAAUUUUCUUCGCCCCAGUCUUCUACUUCCUCAUCAUGCAUCGAUUAAAGUCUCUCUGGUACUUCUACAUCAUUUGGUUGUUCUUAAUAAAUGUGAUAUAUUGGAGUUUUAUUGGUACCUUCCUCCCUGGCCUAACGAUGAAUAUUUCCCUGGCGACUUCAGUUGUGAUGUGCGUCCUGUUUAUUAUCAGACCCUUCGAGAUGGUCAAGAGGGAUAUAUUUUGCAGGUGUGUCUUGCCCUACAUUUUAUUCCUGGACGACGUGUUACGUACCCUCGACUGCGAGAAGAGGCUCAAAUAUCUGCGCUUACCAAAGAUAGGGGAAUGA